AUGUCAAACUUGGGACAAUUUGAUUCUGAUUUUUAUCAAUCUAAUUAUACCAUUGAUAAUCAAGAGCAGAAUUUUAAUGAUUCUAAUGCCUAUGGAAAUCUCUAUGGAUCUAGAACAGGACAAGUGGAUGAGCCGCCUCAGCCUGCCUCUGGUGUCCCCUCAGAGAUGCUCAUGUCACCAGCUUAUGCAGGACAGUUUUUUCAGCCAGCUCCCAGCCCGGAUUAUUAUUCACAAUCUUCUCCCAUGGACAGUUUUGAUGAAGAGCCUCCUCUGCUAGAAGAUAAGUUAAGGGAGUAACUCGGAAUCAAUUUUGAUCACAUAUGGCAAAAAACCUUGACGGUGUUAAACCCAAUGAAGCCAGCAGAUGGCAGCAUUAUGAACGAAACGGACCUGGCCGGACCCAUCCUUUUUUGCAUGGCCCUGGGAGCCACCUUGCUUCUGGCAGGAAAAGUUCAGUUCGGCUACGUGUAUGGCAUGAGUGCCCUUGGCUGUCUCGGGAUUUACACCUUACUGAACUUGAUGAGCUCUUCAGGGGUGUCCUGCGGCUGCGUGGCCAGUGUGCUGGGUUACGGCCUGCUACCCAUGGUCAUCCUGUCCAGCUGUGCCAUCUUUUUCUCUCUGCAGGGCCCCUUUGGAACCCUGUCGGCACUGGCCAUCGUUGCCUGGUGCAGCCUCUCGGCUUCCAAGAUCUUCACUUCGGCCCUGGACAUGGAAGGGCAGCAGCUUCUCAUCGCCUACCCGUGUGCCUUACUUUACGGACUUUUUGCCCUCCUAACAGUUUUCUGA